GGCUCUUGCUGAAGGAUAUCAAGUGAAAAGAUAGAUUUAGUGACAAGAACAGAUACUUUUAUCUUUCUAACCCCUCUCUCACACACACCCAUACACACAUACACUGUUUGCCUUCAACUAUCAAUCAAUUUGUCUCCCUUAGGUUCAGAAUAUGUAGUUAUUAUUAGUGAUGAUUGCCAAGGGAUGCAUAACUGUUACAAUUUCUGAUAGUUAAGGUUAGUAAUUUUAACAAUCCCCAAAACUUGGGGUUUGGCUAUUUUAACUGAUGGACUUGUAUGCAACCACCAAAACACCCUAGAAACUAAAUAGUAACACACUGGCAUCUGCCCAGAUACCUUAGCAAGUUACAACCACAGAAGAACACAAGCAAACAGACAAAAAACAUGCUAAAACACUAAUGUUGUGGCAGUAUGGAAUAUGAAGCUGUCAUAUCCUGUGGUGUGUGCUGUUUUGUGGUCCACAAAAGGUGCCAUGAGUUUGUUACAUUCUCCUGUCCAGGGGCCGACAAGGGGCCUGACACAGAUGAUCCCAGAAGCAAGCACAAGUUCAAGAUCCACAGCUACGGCAGUCCCACCUUCUGCGACCACUGCGGAUCGCUGCUGUACGGCCUCAUCCACCAGGGGAUGAAAUGCGACACCUGUGACAUGAACGUUCAUAAGCAGUGUGUGAUGAACGUGCCAAGUCUGUGCGGGACCGACCACACUGAACGCAGAGGAAGACUCUUCCUCAAGAUCGAGGUCAGCGGAGACAGACUUCACGUCACAGUGGGUGAGGCCCGAAAUCUGAUUCCCAUGGACCCAAAUGGCCUGUCAGACCCGUAUGUGAAGCUCAAACUCAUCCCAGACCCCAAGAAUGAGACCAAACAGAAGACCCGCACCAUCCGCUCCUCGCUCAACCCCACCUGGAACGAGUCCUUCAUGUUUAAGUUAAAGCCGUUGGAUAAGGAGCGUCGUCUGUCCGUGGAGGUGUGGGAUUGGGACAGAACCACCCGCAAUGACUUCAUGGGCUCCAUGUCCUUUGGUGUGUCUGAGCUGAUCAAAGCUCCUUUAUGUGGCUGGUAUAAGAUGUUAAACCAGGAAGAGGGUGAGUACUACAACGUGCCCAUCCCAGAGGAGAACGACAUUAACCUGGAGCUGCGGCAGAAGUUUGAGGCCUGUCAGUUCAAUAUCCACCUGCUGAAGAAAGCCAAGCUCGGUCCUGGGAAGAAAGUCAUCACUCCCACUGAUCAUCGACGCUUCAGUUUACCAUCAGGAAACAUGAACAGAGUUCAACUCAAUGACUUCCAUUUUCUGGCUCUUCUGGGCAAAGGCAGUUUUGGGAAGGUAAUGUUGGCAGAAAUGAAGUCCACUGAGGAGCUAUACGCCAUUAAAAUCCUGAAGAAAGAUGUGGUGAUCCAGGAUGACGAUGUGGAGUGCACAAUGGUGGAGAAGAGAGUGCUGGCCCAGAGAGAUAAGCCACCUUUCCUCACCCAACUGCACUCCUGCUUCCAGACUGUGGAUCGUCUGUACUUUGUAAUGGAGUACAUUAACGGUGGAGACCUGAUGUAUCACAUCCAGCAAGUGGGCAAGUUUAAGGAGCCACAAGCCGUAUUCUAUGCAGCAGAGAUUGCUGUCGGACUCUUCUUUCUUCAUAGGAAGGGGAUUAUUUACAGAGAUCUGAAGUUGGAUAACGUGAUGUUGGACUCCGAGGGCCACAUCAAGAUUGCAGACUUUGGCAUGUGUAAGGAACACAUGUAUGAGGGCAUGACGACACGCACCUUCUGUGGAACGCCGGAUUACAUCGCCCCGGAGAUAAUUGCCUAUCAGCCAUACGGGAAAUCGGUGGACUGGUGGGCGUACGGUGUGCUCCUCUACGAGAUGCUGGCUGGGCAGCCUCCAUUUGAUGGCGAGGAUGAGGAUGAGCUGUUUCAGUCCAUAAUGGAGCACAACGUGUCCUACCCCAAAUCCCUGUCUAAAGAGGCAGUGUCCAUCUGUAAAGGGCUGAUGACGAAGCAUCCAUCCAAGCGUCUAGGUUGCGGUCCAGAGGGUGAGAGAGAUAUAAAGGAGCAAGCUUUCUUCCGCAGGAUCGACUGGGAUCGGUUGGCCAACAGAGAGAUCCAGCCUCCUUUCAAACCCAAAGUGUGUGGCAAAGCGGCGGAGAACUUUGACAAAUUUUUCACCCGCACGCAGCCCAUGCUGACCCCUCCAGACCAGCUGGUCAUCGCCAACAUCGACCAGAGCGAAUUCGCUGGAUUCUCUUUCAUAAACCCAGAGUUCAUCCACCCAUCGUCGCUUCACAGUGUGGUAUGAAACGGCCCGAUGAAGAAGAGGACCACCCGUCCUGCUCAAACUAACCACAUCCAUGUUAUUUAUGAACUCACCAAAUCUUUGUAGACAGUUGAAUACCCUUUAUCUGAACAUAUCUGAACUGAGGAGGGCUGGAGAAGGGGGUUUGAUAGCUGAAGGGAAACAUAUCAUAAGGCAGCACAGACUCGUUCCUGACAAAUUAUUCUUUUAUGAGGUUCCAUCUCGGUUAGGAUGCUGCUUGGGUAGGCAGUCGACAGAGAGGCAGCUCUCUAGGCUUUUUGAAACAGAAUGAUAAUGUCCUCACAGUAAUGACAGUUCAUCUAAUGCUUGCAUGCAGAUAGAUGUUAUGUGCAGGCCCAGUAUAUUUUACAAAACAGAUAUUUUUUUGAAGGUGGAGAUAAUGAACGAUCCCUUUUUCCAGUCCUCAGAUUGUUUGUGUGUGAAGCAUGCUGACAUGAAACAGGUUUUUGUGUCCUAUUCCUUAUAUCCUCUACUGCCAUUUCUAAUGUUCCUGAAUUAUAUAUUUGUAAAUCUAAAAAAAAUAUCUUGUUAUAGGAGUGCCAAAAUAUAACUGCAUCAAAAGGUUUUUUAUAUCCAGCUCUAUAUAUGCAUAUCGAUUUCCUACUAGAUCUCUUGGUGGUGUCCCUUAUCUUGGGCUGAAACUUGAACCCUUAUCGCUCCCCGAGUUUUAGCAUGACAACUUCCAAUUCCGUCACUGCCUGCUCGCCUGGUUCCUACAUAUUCAACAUAUACACAACCCUUUCUCUCGCUCUAAAUGUAUGAAUUGUGUUUCCUCGUUGGUAAAGCGCAGGCCUACGCACCCGCAGAAUCCUGCAGAUUUCCACAGAAUUAGAUCACCUGUCCUACUCAUCCGCUUGCACGUUUGUUUUUAUGAAAUACUUCAGAUAAUCGAAUGAUACUGUUUUAUUUAACAUAUUUUACCAUGUUUAAAUCCAUCCCGUAGAUUUUCUGUCAUGAUCAGCACAAAAAAAUGUCUGCAGAUUCUGCCUGGGCCUGAUAAAGACUAAACAUUUCAAACCAAACUGAGUCUCUUCUGAAAGAAAUAGAUGUGGUAUUUGAUUUAACACCUGCAUAUUAUGCUAAAGAAAACUACCACUGCUACAAUAUAAAGAACAUGUAACGAGAUGAAAACCUUGUCAAAAACAUGUCCAGGACAUAUUUCACCCCAGAAAUUCAAGAAAUCAUGUUUUAAAAUCAUUUAGCUUUUUAUUUUAUUUUUUGCAUUGUGACAUUUUCAUGACUGUUAAGCACCUUUACUCUAAAAGCUUAAUUAAUUUAAAAAUUAGACUUAUUUACCCUUACUUUAAUGUGGAAAAAUGUGAAAUGAAGGUGUACUAUUCAAUGUACAUUAGGUAUUUAUAAUUCAUGGUAGUCUUUGUGGUUUAUGCUGUCAUUAUUUGACAUGCUGAAAAUCACCAUUGAGAACAAAGAAUUGCAGAAAAACAUUAAUGUAAUUAAAAUGUGCAUAACUGUCAUAAAAAUUAUGCCACAAUGCAAAAACUCCUAAUGGUCUUCAAAUACACUUUCUUUUCAUAUAAAUCAUCACAGUUUAUGACUCCCUAAUGCCCAACAUGAUUUUUUGUCAAAUGUUGGAGAGGGGUGGGAGCUCAUUUAUGUAUAACUUCUAAUAUAACCCUGUCUCUGGUAGUGUUUCUGUCCUUUGGUGAUCAAUACUCUACGUGUUAAACUACAUGUUCUUAUCAAAGGGAGCUUUCCAGUAUAUAUCGGAUAUUUUUAUCUUUUUAGGUCUUAGUUAACAAUCAUCUUGCAUUUCUGCUCUGUGAGUACUUUUACGUAGAGCGCUAUGUUUACUGUUACACUAAAGGUACACUAUAUAUAUAUAUACCAAGAUUUUUGUAAAUACAGAGAAGGCGUACAUUAUCCUGCAGAUUUUAUACUAAGAACUGAAUGUGCUUUUACUAACUUAGAUGGUUUCUAUGUUUAGACGAUCCAAAAAGACUAGUUUGGCUAAUUUGAGAUAGCUUUGGUAUCUGCAAACCUUUGUUACAUGUAAUUCUUGUAUUUAUCUGCUCUGUUUUCUAUGCUGAUAGUAUAUAAGUGUAUGUAGACCGACUGGGCUCUGUGCUCCUACAUACUGUAUGUGUGUUUGUACUGCAGCUGCUGUGUGCAUGUGGGGCAAAUCAGCGCAUGCAAAACGUGUUGCAUGAUUCCAGGAAUCCGGAGACCUCUAGCAUGGAAUGAUUGUCACACCGAGUACCAUAUCUGUCCCACCUCAGCUCUCUUCCUUUGUGUUGUUGCUUUUGUUUCUGUUUAGUUUCAGUCUGUGGAUGAAGAUUUAGACUCCGUAAUGCGUAGAUUUCGACCUCUGCUGAGCAACACUGUCUGAAUGAUCUCUGUAUGACAAUUGGGUAAAGAUGGAGAAUUCAGUUUUACCACACUUCAGAAAUCAUUUUGUGUAUUCUAGUUAAAAAAAAAAAAAAAGUACCUCAGAAAUGCUGUAUUUACACAUUAGAUUGCUCUGUUUGGGCUCUAGUCUUGUGCCAAGCACUUGGCGGAAAUACUGUAGUUAGCAGGUGCACCAUUGUUACAUUUCACCACUGAUUCAUCAGUAUGAGCACAUUUUUUGAUCUGUCAUUUUUCAGUUUGUAUUUUAGAAAUUGAAUAGACCUGAUGUUCGAAGCCCCUGUGUAUGGAAGACAAAACAAGUAGAUAUUUCAGAUGUUUAUUUCUUCAUUCAUUCAGAAGUAAAUGGACGCAUGAUGAACAAGUGGAAAUAGAGCCGGUCCUCUUAUGAAGUGAUUCAGAAAGCUUUUAAGUGGUUGUCUUGCAGGAUGCAGGUUUACACAAGUGUCUCACAUUGAGAGUAUUUGGGAAUGUAAUGUUCAUGUGUUUGAUUCUGGUUUUUCUGCAUGUUGAGGUGGCAUUGCAACAUUCCCUGGACAUUUGAAGAAUAUGAACAUUCCACCCAGCCAUUUCUUAUUAGAGAUUCUAUCAGGAAUUAUAAAUAUAUAUUUAUUAUUAUUAUUAUGAAAUUAUGGAUUCCAGGACAGUGUUAAAGUUAAAUCACUCAUCUUUGUUUUUUCUUUACAAAAUUUUGUCCCUCUGUUCUUUGUGAAGGAUAAUGUGUAUAAAUAAAUGUAUGACAAAAGUGA